GGUUACAUCAUCUUCGUCACCUUUACCUCAGUCAAAACAACUUCAUCUCAUCUACACUUCCUUCUGAAUUUGGCAGUCUCAGCAGGGUAAGCAAAGAAGUGGGUUGCAGUUGGAUCGAGGUGAAGAUCAGUGCCAUGCUUUUGUUGUGUGAGAUACGAUACAAUGCAUCCAAGGAUUGAAGAGCUAAAAGACUUGGAUAGCUUAGUGAUGAAUAGAUGGAUGAUGGAAGAAGGAUUCACACAUGUGUUGGAUUCUUCUUAACACAAUUAAGUAUUUCAUAAUAAUAGUAACAAUUAAUUAUAAUUCUUCUUAAUAUUAGAUAAUUAAGACAUUACCUAGUCAAAAACACUCCCUAGUUCUACGGCCAAUAUUGUGCAAUUUCUUUGGACAACAUUUAUUUACAUCUCCCAUAAGUAAAUCACUUGUUUAUUCUUUCUAAAAUUAAUCAAGAAGGAAAUAAAGUUAACCUUAAUUUAUUCAAGAAACAUGUCAAAGACACCAACAGAGAAACAAGAGUUACCACUAGAAACGAGUCCUUACACAAAGUACGAGGAUAUUGAAGAUUACAAGAAGAACGCUUAUGGAACUUCUGGUCACCAGGAAGUUAAGCCUGGCCAAGGCGGUGGCGCAACAGACGCACCGACACUCUCAGGCAGUGCUCCUCCCUCCGCUAUAGAUUCAGCUAACCAACAAGCUAAGAAGUGAAUCACACAUUAUCACAAAACAAAUUAACAUGUUCCCUUGCUUUUUUAUUUGAUGCUUUUGCGGUAAUUGAUUUGUUUUUUUUCCUAUAUGUUGUUAUGAUCCAAUCUAAUCAAUUGAUCAAUGCUUAAGUCUACGAGAAA